AUGAAAAGCGAUCACUUGCCUAUCGAUGAGUCCAUAAGUUUGGCGAAUGAAGUGUUUGAAGACGUUAUGAAAAGCAAUGAUUUGGUCAAAGGGUUGGCCACUAUUGAGCCCUAUUGUGACCGAAGUGUUUAUCACAGGUUUAUUCAGUCCUUGUAUUUCGUUAUGACUGCAAUGGUAUCCAUUGAAAAGGAAGACAUCGAUGUGGCACAAAAAGCAGUCAAUGAAUUGCGAGAAAUAAUAAUGAGAUCCCGUUCCCAAUGGGAAAGUGAGGCGUCGAGACUUAAUUUUGAGUCGAGUGUACGCCUGGCUAAUGGUGUAUCACAUUUGGUGAUCAGUAAUAUGCCACCUAAAAUUUUGCGCAUAAUUAACUUUUUGGGCAUCAGAGGGGUUGAGAGCACCGGGUGGAACAACAUCAAUAAAACCGCUUUUGAAUUGCCCGGUAUAGCCAGCCAGUUGGCCAGAGUGUUUAGGUUUAUAUACUGGACCUAUUUUGACACACACUUUGGUAUCGGGCCCAUACAUAUUGACAUUUGCAAUGAAGUGCUAACUAAGGAACUCAAUAGAUAUCCAAAUGUUAAACUUAAUUCUGAAUAUAUUCCGGGCAAAAAUGGAGGUAUUGAAUUGUAUCUCAGAUUGCUUAAUGACCCACACGUGACACCAAAGCGAUUUAUAUACAUGGAACUAACCUGGUCAUAUGCACUGCAAUCUAACUGGGAUUCAUGCAUUGAAUACGCGGAAAAGUUUCGCACCGGUAGCUUAUAUACACCGGCCAUCGCUACAUACAUGGAAGCAAUAUUUAGAUAUGCAAAAAGCACCGAAAAUGAUGACCAGGAUGAAAAACAAAAGGCUACUGAGCUAUUCCAUCUUGUGCCAACCCUUCGGAUCAGACAUUUGGGCAAAACUAUAACACCGGAAAAGGUGGCGGUUGUCAGGGCUCAGGAGUACGUGAAAAACGACGAGCUGUUGAUUCUUCCGGAUUUGGGAAUGCUGUAUGAAAUCAAUUGUCUGUCGUUUAUCCGAAGCGAUACAGUGCUGUUGAAUAGGAUUUUAGAAAGGAUUAACAAAUAUGUGAAUCGAUAUCAAUGUGAUCUAGACACAUCGGAUUACUUGGAUAACUAUUUGACUGCAAUUUUCUAUAAAGAUUUUUAUCCGAUUAUCACAAAUCGCGAGAAUGUCAGCAAAUUAUUAUCGACAAUGAAUCUCGUAUUGGGAGUCAGUUUUCACUUCCAGCGCAAGCCUACUGUGAAUUGGGCUUAUGCGGCGCUUAGAGAGCUGGGACUCUGUACUGCCAAACAGGGCACCGAUCAUAAUAAACUGGAGGAAUACCGAAAACAAUGGCUUAAAAACAUAAAUAUCGACGAAAAAGGUUACGAAAAAGUAUUGGAAACCGAAGAGGAAGUUGGGAAUUAAAACAUAAAGAUUAUUGA